CCUUUUUUUUAGGAUUUAUUUAAUACAUAAUAAUAUAUACAUUGUAAUAGGUAUACACUUUUACUCGUUAUUCAUGGCAUUCUUAAAUACAUUUUUUUAGGAUUUGAAUGUAUCUUUGGUAGUUCAAAACUUACUACUGAAGAUAUUGACCAAUUCAAUCAACUUAUUGAGUUUUAUUCUCCUAUUAUUGAUUCAUUAGUGGCAUUGAAAAAAUAAAAAUGUUUAGGAACAAACUCGCAAGCCAAAAUAUAACACCGAAAUCAGCAUUUGAUGCUUUGUUAAAAUGCAAUGAAGAUUUAUAUCCUAAUAAUAUUCAUUUUUUAUUUAAAAUUGUAUGCACCUUGCCAGUUUCUACAGCUUGUCCGGAACGGCCAUUUUCAAGUUUAAAAAGGAUUAAAUCAUAUCUACGCAACACAAUAUCUGAAAAGAGGCUAAAUGGUUUAGCAAUGUUAAGCAUUCAUCGCGAUAUUGGCGUUAAUGUAGACAAAGUGUUGAAUGAAAUGUCUCAAAAACCAAGACGAAUGAAUAUUAUUUUGUGAUUUUUUUAUGAAAAUAAAUGUAUAAUAUUAUAAAUGUUGGUGUAGUUUUGAGUGUCAUGGUGACAUGAUCAGCAUGGCCUAUAUAGUGUACUUUACCGAAAGGUAAGAUAACAUAAUGUGAUCCUAGAUAUUUGUCCCCCGCCUCGGCCUUCCUUCGAUGUGCUAAAUAAUUUUGGUCAUAUCACCCCCUAGAAAAAAAUCGUAGAUACGCCACUGAAAUACCUUCAUCAGUUUUUUUUCAUAAGCAUUACAAGUUUAAAUCUUGACAAAUUACGGAAAAAUCACGGAAAUUACCAAAUUAUUUUGA